CAUACAAAUUAUAGCCCAAGACACAUAGCAUAAUCAAAUAGUCAAUCACCCUCAAGUAAUACUACAAAGUCAGGAAAGUGUCCAUUUUUGGAAUUCAUUAUAUGGUCCCUGUGGAACUCUCAGAUCUCAUCGAGCGCUCAAUAUAUAAAACCAAUACUUUGCUGCUCGAAACUUCACAGACAAAACAAACUUCUGAUUCUGAACAAUCAUUUUUCUGGACAUGGAGAUUCAGAGCCCUUAUGCUAUCCUCUUCACCUCCUUGUGCUUCAUCCUGGUGAUCCACAAGCUUUCCAAUUCCAGAAAACGCAGUCAAAACUUACCUCCCGGGCCACCCAGGUUACCUCUCAUAGGAAACCUUCAUCAACUUGCAGGCUCCAUUCCUACUCGAUCUCUGAGAGACCUUGCUAACAAGUAUGGACCCUUGAUGCACCUUCAACUUGGUCAGCUUCCACACAUCAUCGUGUCUUCUCCAGAAAUGGCCAAAGAGGUUACGAAGACGCAUGACCAAAUCUUCGCCAAUAGACCCAAAAUUCUUGCCACAGAUAUCUUUGCUUACAGUAGCUCCGACAUUGUCUUUUCCUCCUACGGAAACUAUUGGAGGCAGCUCCGAAAGAUUUGCACUUUGGAGCUUUUUUCUGCCAAGAGGGUCCAGACUUUCAAAGCCAUAAGGGAAGAGGAGGUUUCAGCACUGAUGAAGGACAUUGAUGAGCAUGAAGGUUCUGCCAUGAACCUCAGUAAGAAAAUCUUCCCUCUCACAAAUUCCAUAGUCGCAAGAGCAGCGUUUGGUAAAAAGACCAACAACGUUGAAGCCAUCCUGCCCACCAUUGAGCAUGCGAUUCGGCUGACCACGGGCUUAAAUGUUAUUGAUUUCUAUCCUUCUCUCGGAUUCCUCAGCGUGAUCACUGGGAUCAAAUCUACAAUGAUAAGGAUCCAUCACGAGAUUGAUAGGAUCUUGGGAAGCAUCAUGACUGAUCACAAAGAAAAGAAGAUUAACGGUACUGGUGAGACUGAAGAUCUGGUUGAUGUUCUUCUCAGGAUUCAGAACGAUGAUGACCUCGAGAUUCCCUUAUCUUCUGACAACAUUAAAGCUGUUAUUCUGGAUGUUUUCGUGGGUGGAACUGAAACAACAGCAACGACGACAGAGUGGACUAUGACAGAACUACUUAGAAACCCUGUGGCAAUGAAGAAGGCGCAAGAAGAGGUACAAUCAUUUUAUGGAAGCAAAGGGUGUGUAGAUGAAUCAGGAAUUCCCCAGUUGAAAUAUGUUACUGCUGUCAUCAAAGAAACCUUAAGGAUGCACCCCCCUGCACCAUUAUUGGUUCCUAGAGAGAAUAGUGAGAGAUGUGAAAUUAAUGGAUAUGAGAUACCUGCAAAAACUAAGAUUAUCGUUAAUGCUUGGGCAAUUGGGAGAGAUCCAAAAUAUUGGAAUGAACCAGAAAAAUUUGUUCCAGAGAGAUUCCUUGAUACCGCAGUUGAUUAUAAUUUCAAUGGUCCAAACUUUGAAUUUAUCCCAUUUGGUGCUGGAAGAAGAAUAUGUCCUGGAAUUGCAUUUGCUGCACCAGUCGUUGAAUUGCUUAUUUCCAGUUUGCUUUAUCAUUUUGAUUGGAAACUUCCAAAUGGGAUGAAGCCUGAAGAAUUGGAUACGGAAGAAUGUUUUGGUGCUACAAUGAGAAGGAAGAACGAUCUAUGUGUUGUCCCUUUUAAGUAUAUCCCUUAAUUACGGUUAUUAGUUAUCUGAGUUGAUAAUGAUGCUUUUGAGACAAGUUUAGAUCUAUAGUUUAGAAGUCAGUAUUAAGUGUGUUUCUAGUCUUAAAAUGUCACUCAACACACACUCUACUGGUCACAGAGUGUAGUAAAAUCAAUAAACAAAGUUUCUUCUUAGCUUUA